UACAGCACCAGACAACACUGACAGCAACAAAUGAUAAAAAAAUUAAUUUUUCACGCACGUGCUUUUUACACCAAUUUGCGCCAUCUGUGAUGGAUAGGAGAACAAAUCUCGCAACCCUUACUGCCUCUCAGUCCCUGUGCCGAUGUUCUACAAAUUCGUCAUUUCCCUCUACACAGUUGACCGAGCCUGGCUAAUAACUGCGGUGCAGAAACUUGUGGUAUUUAACAGCUGAUAAUUCCAUUCUUAUAGGUAACUAGAUCAAAAUGGUGGACGGUAUUCAAAUUCUGGAGGAGCGAGUCACUUCUCUUGAAAAGCAGAUUUAUGGCACUGGUAGAACGUCUGCAGCCAGCAGUGCAUCGCCUGAAACUCCUGUUAUUGAAAACCUCAUAAACGCAAAUGUUUUCGUAUCUUCAGCACUUUCUGGGCGUGAAAAUGCCAACGCAUUAAUUAAUAGGUUGCCUGAAUUGAGCAGCUAUUUAGACCCACACUUCGAAGAUAGUGAAUUACAAACAGAUGCUAAACUAGAGUUUCUACUAGCUACGGAAUUGGAAAUUAGAGAGAAUCUUCGUCUACUAAAUGAAAUGGAAAAACUAAUACCAGUUUUGGAAACCGAUCGCAUUCGAGAUGUACCAGAAUUGUCUAAAAAAUUGAGCAGUAUCACGUUGAACUAUCUGAAUAUGAACGAACAAUCGAAGACAUUAACAGGCGAAAUUCAUCAGCUAUUUUCCAAAUAUAACUCUAUUAUAACUAGCAUCUCAGAAUUGCUUAUUACAAUGGAUGCCCGAAUUACUGCUGCCGAAAUAGCUGCUAUGCCUAAAAAACAAAUAGAUUAAAGAUGUCAUUCUUGAAAUCUGUCCCAUUAAUUUAUUUUUUAUCUGAUAUAUUUGUAUUUAUUUAAUAAAUUUAUUUCUUAUUUGAAAAUUUUUUGAUAAUUUGGAUUUAAAAAAUACAUUUUUAAUCGAGGCGAUUUUUGGAUAAAAGCUAAAUACAUGAAUCCGCCAGUUUGAGAAAAUCGACUUAAAAGUUUUCAUUUAAGAAAUAAUUCAUGACAAAUAAUAUAAUCAAUAAAUUUUCUUAAAAUAGUG